GGUGCCUACUUUUUAAACUAAAUUAAAUUUUUAAAUGGAUCAACAACCAGCAAGCUGUAGUGCGCCCUUAAGUCAAGAGCAGCUGCUGAAUUGUUGCAAGCCAGAUAGACAAACUCUCUCCGAUUGUUGCGCGUUAAUUGCAAAUAUCGAACAGUCGCAACUUAUAGCAGGUUUCAAGCAUCAAGAAAAGGUUACUAGUGUCGGUGUUUCCGAAUUUUUAAGAUCGUCGUCUUCAGUAAGGGUUGUUGCUAGUAGUUGCAUACCUCAGGGUUCGAUGACGUUCCCCAUAGAACCGAAAGCGCUUGUUGGAAAAUCGGAAUUAGCACAAAUAUCAGUAAAUCUCAACUCGUUCGGAGCCAUAGACUUAGACAACAGUUCCAAAUGCGCGUGGGACAAGAAUUUACAUUGGAUUCGAGCGCUUAGAUUUUCUGACGAUUGCCAUUCGUACAAUGUUCAACUCAAGUUCCAACCGUCCCAGAGGGUUCACCCAAAUAAUAUUAAGCAGGAUCGUAUGCCAAAAAUGAUUCUACAAGCGAUCAGGUCGAUCGAAAUUGGACAGGAACUUCAACUCUGGUUUUCUGAAGAUGUUUUGGCGAUGUUGCAAAUCGUAUUUUUGAGCCCCUCAAACAUACAAGGGCAAAAAAAAUACGUUUGCACCCGUUGUUCGGCUCUCUAUGAAUCACCGAACCCGUUAAAGCUACACAUUACGCUAGGAUGCGGCAAUCUCCCAAUAUCGACGCUUUGGGAACGUCUGGCCUUUUUGUUGUCCGGAAAAGAAAGCUUGCGCGGCACCUUUAAGAGAACUUCCUUUGAUUUUAAGUUGUCACUGGAACCCGAAAUUCGAAACAAUGCCCUAGAUUUGUCAACCAAUGCAGUCACAACCGCAAAAACUUUAUACAGACCGUACUACACGGAGUCUUCGGCUUUUAAACCGUUUAAGAAGGAUGCCAACUCAGUUCGAGAAUUUCCACGCAUUUGGCCGAUAGAUUUCGAAACCAAUGUCGUGCAGAUACAUCAGAAUUUGAUCAACUCGCAAAACCUGGCACAGCAUCAGAUCACUUACAACGACGAUGCCCAAAUAGAGACCUUAGUGAGCAGCCUGGGCAAAGCGAAGCAAGGUCAUAUUUGCUUGUACUGCGGAAAAUGUUACUCAAGAAAAUACGGUUUGAAAAUUCAUAUCCGAACUCACACAGGCUACAAACCGCUAAAGUGCAAAUUUUGUGAUAGGCCCUUUGGUGAUCCUAGCAACUUGAACAAGCACGUCAGAUUGCACGCUGAAGGAAAUACCCCAUAUAAAUGUGACCUAUGUGGAAAAAUAUUAGUGCGAAGGCGUGAUUUGGACAGACAUUUAAAGUCGAGACACAUGGUCGAGAUGCUUCCCGGAUCAAACAUUAUCCCGCCAGAUACUCUUAGUGAAGACGCGCAAGUGAGUGACGAAGAUCGCCAGACGACAAUGGAAAAGGAAAAUGAUAAUGAUCCCGCUACUUAGUAUUACUACAAUUUUU